UUUUCUACCGACGUGUUGGAAAGAAGUCUUUGAUAAGUCUGUGCUGAGAUGACAUUAAGUAUGGACAAUCAACAUAAAAUGCAGCUUCUCAAAGUAGCGAUCACAAUAACCAUACUCAAGCUUCAGGCACAGAGUAUUCUAGCCGAUGGAACAUGUCCUGUCAUACUACAAGAUUCGUGUCCCUAUGGAAUCCAUGAAAAUACCGGCGAAGUCGUCAAAUUGGUUCCAAAGUAUCUAUCACGUGACCAUCCUGAGUAUGACGUCAGAACGCCGAAAGAAGCGAAGGGCAAGAUAAACCUGUACUGCGCACCUCCAGCGUGUAGUUCGAAUGUAUGUUUGAAUGGAGGGACUUGCAUGGAGAAACUAGAUGGAUUUCGAUGUCUCUGCCCUGAAAAUGCUUUUGGAACAUACUGUGAGGUAGUCCCGCUAUACCACUGGCUAACGCAUGGAAUAUGAAUAUUAAAUGGGGGCGGAACAAGCUUUUUGAUGUUAUCUUGAGUUGCCAUUGCCUCAAUCAAGUUCUUAUAACUAGUUGACAUAAUAAGAAACUCACUUGAUAUUCCUGACAUGUUCUCAUUUCAAAUUGUAAUAAUUUUGUGCGAUGUAUUACACAAUAUACUCAACUCUUAAGCAAUGAUAGUUUUAUUGACUGUGAUUUUGAUGUAGAUAUAAGCACAUGCACCGGUGGAUGUUCAUUUGCUCCCGUAUAUAUAUGUACGAGUGACUCUUUGGUCUGUCACCGACUUGAUAGUCACCAUCAUGUUCAGCACAGUUCUGACAUGAAUUUCAAAAUAAAGACUCCUUACUUAGUUCUUUCAUCUUUCAGGGGCUGUCCAUGUACUCCACACUAUUUGGUAUCUUUACAUUCAGCAUUUCGGUUGCCUAUACGCAAAUCGUCAAAUCCUAAAUUAAAAAUUCAUCGAUUUCGAUCUUCGGGGUAUAUUCUGCAAUUAAGUCAUGAUAUGAAAAUAUCGAAAUCUGACUAAAGAACUAGAUGACACAGUGGGUGGGGUGGAAAAAGAACCAUGGCUGAUUUUAAUACGUUUGUUCAUGCCGAGUAGCAAUUAAUUUGAACUCUUUCAUAAUUUACAAGGAUUUCUUUCUUUCUUUUUUGGAGGGGAAGAAUCUUUGCAAUUUUAUGCAAGUUUUGUUUGCCUGAUGGACAAACAGUUAAACCCCCUCAACUGUGCUAUAGAUCCAGUUUAAACAAUUUUGUUUUAAUAUGUUGAAUAAUUUUUUAGUGCUAAUUUUUGGUUCAUCACUUACCAAAUAAACAACAAAGAUAAUGGUGAGAAAAUCCAAAGUGAUUGAUUAUAGGUGUAUAGAACAUGAUUGAAGGAAAGUCCGUGAUAAACAAACAAAACACCCUGUACCAAGUUUCAUGACGACUUACAAUUGUAUAUGGUGCAUUGUUAAUAUUACAAUGAUGAAAUAAUUGGUUACCACUGGCUGUUCAGCCAUGUUACCAUGGUAAUAACACUUAUAUUACAAUAGAUUAUAGUAAUGGAUCGAAAGCUGGUGCAAGUAAAAUUGUAAUUGUAGUUGAGAGUAAGGGAAGUGAAAGUACGGUGUGUCUGUUUCCAAAAGAGAAAUUCAAAUUAAUAUUAUAUCUAUUGUCAAAAUUAUCUAUUGUAAGCUUGAAAAAGAAUAUUUGCAAUUGACUGCGAAUAAUUUCUUGCAUCAUCCCCACUAGAUAAAUGGAACUCUACAAUCAAAAUCAAAGAACUUUCACACCAGCUCUCUAAACAACCAAUUGUCGCAUCAUUAAAGGACAAGUCCACCCCAACAAAAAAGUUGAUUUGAGUAAAAAUAGAAAAAUCCAACAAGCAUAACACUGAAAACUUCAUCAAAAUCGGAUGUAAAAUAAGAAAGUUAUGACAUUUUAAAGUUUCGCUAAAUUACACAAAACAGUUAUAAUUAUGCACAUCCUGGCUGGUAUGCAAAUGAGGAGACUAUAUGACGUCAUCCACUCACUAUUUCUUUUGUUGUUUAUAAUAUAAAAUAUGAAAUAUUCUAAUUUUCUCCUCAUUGUCAAGUGACACGACGAUUAAUUCCUCCCUGAACAUGUGGAAUUAGCAUUGUUUAAUACUAUAUGGUUCAGUCAAGUUGGUCCUUAUUGUCAAAUCUAUAAAAAAUGAAAUAUUGUAUAAUUCAAAUAAUAAAAAACAAAAGAAAUAGUGAGUGAUGGACAUCAUCGACUGACUCACCUAUAGUUGUGCAUAUCACUGUUUUGUGAAAAAUAAGCGAAACUUUGAAAUGUCAUAACUUUCUAAUUUUACAUCCGAUUUUGAUGAAAUUUUCAGCACUAUGCUAGUUUGAUUUUUCUCUAUUUAUUCAGGUCAGCAUAUUCCUGGGGUGGACUUGACCUUUAAGGAAAGAACAGGUAUGGGAAUGUCAUCAGUAUAUUACUCUGUGAACUUCACUUUCUUAUAAAACGCGUCCCUGCCUGGAUUCACGCAUUAUGAUUCGCUGCAGAAUGACAUGACGAAUAGUUGUAUCGUUAUAUUUCUUAUACAAAAGUUUGUUUGUGAAAUUCUAUAUUUGGGAGAUCGAGGAUUAAUUCAAAGCCUUGCCAUUGUCUCUGUCUUUUGUCUUAUACGCGAGUUGAUACAUUUUUCAAAGUGCAAUGAUAACUGAUAUGACAAUCAUUAAAGUAGACAAAAGGUAAAGAUAUAUAUUCGGACAAGUAUAUUAAAAAAAAAUGAAGUCCCUAUUGAAAUAUACUGUACAUAGGAAAAGCUCAUGAGAUGAUUAUAGGUUUUACGUUAAGUUUUGAGUUCUAUUCUUCUGCAGCGCUUUGUACCCGAAAGGAAAACACACUUCAUCAAAAUGACUACUGGAUUGUUGGAUUGGAUUAAUUUGAAUUCAAAGAUCUACCAUUAUAGCUAUCAAGGUCAAUUACCAUGAUUAAGGAAAUAGAUUCAUCGUCGUGGUAGGCCUGUAUGUAGUAUAUACUUAAAAUAUAUUGUGAGAAGCAUAAUUUAUGAGCAUAUUAUAAAAUCGAGAAUAAGAUUAUGUCCAAAGAAGAAAAGAAGAUAAGAUGAUUUUUUUCGUCCUGUGUGUAUUUCAGAUCUCGAUUACAUUUAGCGAAGCAAAAUAUUUAUAAUUUUGUGAUCCUUAUUUUUUAUUGUCAAUCUAUUGCCAUGAAUUAUAAUGUAGGGUUUUGGG